AUGGUAUUCUCCCUGAGUUAUCUAGAAAUUAUGUAUCUUGGGUUUUUUGGUGCCUUUACCUUUGGUAUUGUUAAGGAUAAAUUACCUAACUCUAUCGCUCAAUUCUACGGAUAUGGAAAAAUCGCCUAUCGGAAAGGAAAGUCCAAGCGCCUGUUUGGUCAUCUGGAAGCAUCCAAAUCUUUCUUCAGGCACUUCUACAUCUUUGCUAGUUUGUGGUCAACAGUGAUCCUUUACAUCGUCCUACGCACUUGUGUAAUCGGAAAACCUGUUCCAGAGUCUGUGAUUGACUUUAUUGACUUCUUCUGCGGCAAAAGUCGUUCGGCAAAAAAUACUCCACUUGAGAUACUUUUGGCUACAAGCUGCAUUUUUGUCCAGUGCUUUCGACGCUUCUGGGAAACGCACUUCCUGCAGGUCUUCUCCCGCUCUGGCCGCAUUAAACUUGUAACGUAUCCCAUGGGCUUUCUUCACUACUUUGGAGUUCCUUUAGCCACUCUGAGUAAUGCUCAAGGCUUCGUGACAACGGCCGGAAAUGCCCUUGUGGGCAGGGAACAGUUCACCUGGCGGAUAAUCAUCUCUACAGCGGUAUUCGCCUUUGCCUGGUGGCAUCAAUUCCGAUCAAAUGUUAUUCUAGCGCGAUUGAGAAGAGAUUCUAAAGGAAAUGUUGUAACAGAGAAACAUUCCAUUCCUAGAGGAGGAUUUUUCGAAGUUGUAUCAUCGCCUCACAUGAUGUUCGAGUGUUUGAUCUACCUAUCACUAAUCCCAAUGCUUCCCGGAAAUACCUUAUGGCUCUUGAUCUGUUUGUGGGUGGUCAGUAACCAAUGCCUAGUUGCUCAUUGGACUCAUGAAUGGUACAAGGAAAAUUUCCCAGAGUAUCCAAAAAGUCGUAAAGCCAUAAGUCCAUGGAUUUUCUAA